AUCGGACGGCUGAGCGCUACCGCGCGUUUUUGGACCUGGCACGGGACCCACAUGUCGGCCUCACGGAUCUCAGCAUACGCCGCCGUUUUGCCCCUUCUAGCUCCGGCCGAGCUCGCCGUCGCGGCCGUAGUGGGGGCGAAUCCAGCCGCGGAGCUCCGCUGUAGCGCCCGAGGAAAUCGUUCCCUGCGGCUGCUGGGGCUAUGGAUUCGGGCUCUGGGAAGCCCGAGGAGGUGGCCGCCUACCAGAGCAGCGAGGCCAAGCAGGCGAGGCUGCAAUCCAUGCGCGCCGCGCUCCUCGAUGACCCCAUACUCGCGGACGUCCCCAGGAAGCCCGCCCUCGCCGACGUCGACACGCUGAUAAACCUCGAACUCGGCAGCGCCAUGAGGGUGACCGUUGUCAAAUUGGACAACACCUCCUUCGAUGUUGCGGUGUCGAAUGCUGCCACGGUCAAGGAUUUGAAGCUGGCUAUCAGGAAGAAGAUCAAUGAGAUAGAACAACAGAAGAUGGGGCAUCGUCAUAUCUCAUGGAAGCAUGUAUGGGAUAACUACUGCUUGACACAUCAUAAUGAGAAGCUGAUAGAUGACAGUUCUGCACUUUCUUCCCAUGGCGUCCGUACUAACUCUAAGGUCUGCUUCUCACCACAUAUCAUGUCCAGAGUGCACCAGAAACACUCUAGAAGAAGAAAACACCGGUUCUUCCAUGGUCUUAGCAAGAAACUGUGAUCACACCUCGUGAAUUUAAAGCUGGAGAAGCAAGCUGGUGCCAAGGCAUGAUGAGCAUCAUCGUUUUCUCAUAGAAUGUAGUGUGGUCACUUCAGAACGGAUAGUGUUGGAAAAGUUCUAAUUGUGUCAGUAAACAGGAAGCAUUUUUUUUUAGUGCCUCUCAUCUGGGUACAGUUGUAGUAUUUGUUCAUACA